AGGCUCUGCAGUCUUAGACACCAACACAGCUGUUCGAUCGGGAUAGACUUAGUCAUUCAACGUAUAAUAUAAGAUCACCAAUUCAAGGAGGUUCGUGCUCACUUCCUGAUCACCUGCACUCCACCUGCAUCAAGCUCUACAGGCAACAGAAUAGAGCCACAACCUCCAAGCCACAACUUCGUGUGACACCAGAACUUUUGAACUAUAGCAGAUGGAUCCUUCAAGAACAUCCGUCUGCUAAUCAGCCAUACCCUGAGCAGCUUACUCUUCUACAACAAGAUCACCACUAUUACCGUUCAGCUAUGGUCUUCUUCCCCUUUGACGAGUUUCGCGAAGUGGACGUGAUCCUUGACGACCUUGACCACACUUUCAGAAUCGGUAUUAACGGCUUCGGCUCACUCGGCCGAGCCAUUUUCUGCACCAGUCUCCAUUGGCCUCAUGCUGUUGUAGCUGCGAUUAAUGACCCAUUCGUGGACGCAAAACAGGCGGCAGACAUCCUUCGGGAAGAACCAUAUCGAGACUCUACGCACAGCUUCGAGCUAGAAGCGGUCUCUUCAAAUGAACUCAUCGUCCGCAGUGCGGAUACAUCAAGGACAAUCACAUUUUUUUCCGAGCAAGAUCCUUCACAUAUAAGCUGGAAGUCACCGGGAUCAGCUACCUUGCAUGUCAUUGAAUGUUCCGGGAAGUUCAGUAGCUUCGAAGAAGUAUCUCGUCACCUGCAUAUUGGUCGUUCCUACGAUCAGCAACUGGAAUUCAAAAAGCAACAUGGCAUCUCGGUUUGGGAUGAAGGCGGGGCUAUGAAAGUCCUCGUUGCGUCCAAUUGUUCCAAUAUACCGAGCUUCAUCCCAGGUGUCAAUGAGCGGGACUGUAGGUUCCAAGACUAUAUUGUGGCUUGUGUUUCACCGAACCAGUCGGAGAAUGAGGUUGAUCAAGAUUGGGAUUUAGAAAAGCACUCAGUCCAGGUUCUGAAGUUGCUAAAUGUAGUGCUCGCCCGCGAUGGCGCACUUUCAAGCUGGCUAGCAAGCGAAGAAUCCGGUCGUGGCCCUUCAUACGGAGCGAAGGGGCCAUUUUUGGAACACAUGCAGUAUAUUCUGGCUUACAAUAUCCCGGGACCAGAGCCACGAGACUCCUCUGAUGAUGGCUUGAUUGAGAUUGCGAAUAGUCCUUAUCUCUUUGAUGUCGGCCCUUGUGAAUGUUGUCACGGGGGGACAUGGCUCAGAUCAUCUAAUAGUUGAGAAAGGUAAUGACACAACUUCGUUCGUAGAAUCCCAGGCGCCAGAGUUUGUUUUAAUAGAUUGGAU